AAGCCGGUUUGAAGCUGAACAUUGGGGAAAUCUGAGUGUCUCAAUACUGGGUUAAUGUGUAACUAAGGGGACUGGUCAUCAUGCAAUAUAUGUUAUUUAAAUACCCGUUAGACCAUCAGUCCAGCAUAGUCCAGCUCUAGAAUCAGCAAAGCAUCUCAAGGUCCACUUUGAGGAUUUCCCAGCAAGAUGUUCCUCACUAUUUUAAUAGUCUCCUGCUUUUCAAUGGGAACGGCCAAUCGAGUGUAUGUCCACCCCUUCAACCUCUUUAGCUCUGAAAACAUCAGCUGUGAGGUUAUCCAGAAUGAGGAACACAAGCCCGUGGAGACGGUCCAUCCACUGACUCUUCUUCAAGACAGCACUGAGCCAGACCCACGACCCGGCAGCACCACAGAAAACCUGAAAAACCUCACUCAACGAACCGCUGUGUUAGCAGAAUUGCAAAAUUUCCUCGGGUUACGCAUGUACCUGGCACUUAGUCGUACACAGAAGGAUGCAAACACAUUGCUUUCACCCCUAAAUGCCUUUGGUGCUUUGGUGACCCUCUACUUGGGAGCAUCCAAAAAGACUGCCAUUUCCUACCAGCAGCUGUUAGGACUCAACCUGGAGUCUAAACAGGCAGACUGUGCGUACUUCAUUGACGGACACACAGUGUUGCGUACACUCCAGGCCAUCAGCGCGCAUGUAGACGAAUCACGAAAUGAGCUCAGGACCCUUGUGUGGACUUUCAUUAACACAGAUGCUGACCUUUCCAAAGACUUUUUGCAAGGAACACAAGACUUCUCAGAUCACUCUUUUGUCCGAGCAGUGGACUUCUCACAGACCAAGGAAGCUGAGGUGCAGGUGAACAACUUCAUUCAGAAAACAUCAGACAGCAAGGUUAAGAACAUGUUUAAGGGUGUUACUGCAAAAACUGACCUGCUGUUUGCAAGUUCGGUGCAUUUCAAAGGUAACUGGAAAACUGCAUUCCAACCUGAAGCAACCACUGAUCAGGAAUUCUGGACUCAUGACAAUUCCAGUGUCAAAGUGCCCUUUAUGAUGCAUACUGGAGACUACAUGUACCUCAAUGAUGCUGGCAGGAAGUGUUCAGUAGUCAAACUUGGUCUCAGUAAGAGAACCUAUAUGCUGCUAGCACUGCCUCAUGAGGGAGCCAGCCUGCAGGACAUCGAGAAGCAGCUCUUAACAGUCAUACCUACAUGGCAUCGACAUCUAAAAGAAAAACAUCUGGAACUAUCUUUACCCAAAUUCUCCUUGACUGCUGUGACUGACCUGAGAUCAGUACUAUCUGAAAUGGCAGUGGAGAAAUACCUCAUGGGCUCUGACGCUAACUUCAGAAGACUGAGCAGCAAGGAAAACUUCACUGUUGAUAAGGUCCUCAACAAAGUUGUGUUUGAGAUGGCAGAGGGAGGAUCUGAGGUUCAGAACAGAACUGCAGAUGGAAGGGAUCCCCACAAAGUCAUGGUCAACCGGCCGUUCUUCUUUGCUAUUGUAGAGGGAAACUCUAAUGCCAUACUCAUGCUCGGCAAAAUUAUCAAUCCAACAACCUAAAAACAUAAUCUCAGUUUUGGUGACUUUACAUUAUAUGACAAUAUAAACGGUGUUUUAAUGCUUUCACUCAACUAGUAACUGUAUAUUAAAAUAAUGGAUAGCAUCAAGACAGGGUCAACCAGUAAUAUAUUUUCUUAGACAAUCUGAAUUAAACAAGUCUUUUUAGGGAUGUUCAGGGCUUGGAUGUUUUAUAUUUUAGUGUUUUAGUGACUGCUAAUUCAAAUUGUUUAAUAAAGAGUUUUUUCUAUGCAUAA